AUGGCCUCCCUGCCUUCAGUUGUAGUUGGAAAUACUGUCAAGCUAGAUCGACAAUUCAAAAAACUCAACCCAUCUUCUGUUUCAUUUCAAAAUAGAAAUUUGAACACCAAAGAGUUGGAUAAAGCAGCUUUGGACCCUUUUAUUUUGGACUUCAGGGAAGCACUUACAUUGAUAAAAGAAGGUAAUACUAAGGUUGAAUCAUCUUUUUACGUUCCGCUUUUACAGGAAUGUAUAGAAAAAAACUCAGUUUCGGAUGUUCAAGCCCUUCAUGCUCAUGUCAUAAAGAGGGGUUCAUAUCAAGAUUUGUUCCUCAUGACAUUUCUUGUAAAUCCGCACCUUGCUAUUAGUGUUUUCAAUGAAAUGUUGGAAGUUGGGGGAUACCCCACAAAUUUUACUUUAGGAAUUGUAUUGAAUGCUUGCUCUUCUCUGUGUGAUAUUGAAUUGGGAAAGCAUAUUCAUGGGUAUAUUAUAAAGUAUGGAAUUGAAUAUGAUGCCAGUAUUGGAAAUGCACUUUGUAGCUUCUAUUCCAAAUGUGGUAGUUUGGAUAUGGCAUUUAAGGCGUUUUCCAGGAUUGGGGAAAAGAAUGUGAUUUCAUGGACUGCUGUUAUAUCUGCGUGUGGGGAUAAUGGGGAUUCUGCUAUGGGAUUGGAUAUGUUUGUUGAGAUGCUUUCUGAGGGUGUGGAGCCAAAUGAGUUCACGUUGACUAGUGUAUUGAGUUUGUGUUGCAUAAUACGGGCAUUGGGUUUGGGUACUCAGGUUCACUCGUUGAGCAUAAAACUCGGAUAUGGAUCCCAAAUACCCGUAACGAAUUCAAUUAUGUAUUUGUACUUGAAAAAUGGUUGCAUCAAUGAGGCAAAGAAGCUGUUUGAUGGAAUGAACAACAUCAGCUUAGUUACAUGGAAUGCUAUGAUUGCUGGUCAUGCUCAAAUGAUGGAUCUUGGACAGGACGGCAUUUCCACUCACUUCAGUGGAAUUGAGGGCCUCAAGAUUUUCCAGCGAAUGAAAAGAUCAGGCAUGAAACCUGAUUUGUAUACCUUCUCAAGCAUAUUAACUGUAUGUACAAGCAGAUGGAAGGAUGUCUCGAGGGUGAGAAAAUUGAUGAAAGAUGAAAAGAUUGGAAAAAUGAAGGAUUGGAGCUGGAUAAGCAUUCGAAACAAGGUUUUUUCAUUUAAGUCUGAGAACCAGCUAAAUCAGGAAGGAGAGGUAACGAAACUAUUGGAGGAUCUACAAGAUAGAGCACGUGUUAUUGGAUAUCAGUUGCAAGCAAAUUUGGAGGUGGUAGACGAUGCAGAGGAAACAACUUCGUUGCCUGCUCAUCACAGUGAAAAGUUGGCAGUUGCAUAUGGAUUACUUAAUACAUCAAAUGGGGGACAGAUUCGGAUUGUUAAAAGUAUUAGCAUGUGUAGGGACUGCCAUAAUUUUAUUAAAUUCAUCUCGACAUUAACUUCAAGAACUAUAAUAGUUCGAGAUAGUAAAAGACUGCAUAAAUUUUUCAAUGGAAAUUGUUCGUGUGGGGAUUUUGGCAGUCUACUUUGA